UGAGGUUUUGGGACAACACCAAACCCUUGUGAAACUCCUUGCAGAAAAGCUACAGCGAGACGCCCCACCCCAAAACAGGCCAGUCCGUGGUCGGCACUUGCUUGGGCUCCAAAAUAAUCUUUCAAAGCAGGGUGCCAGUGAAGCGUCUUGCCCGCUGGGCUCUCCACUGUUUUGCAGUGGGCUUGAUCUGCCCCUGAAAUCCCACCCCCACCUCCGGACCUGUGAAAUCUUCCUGAACAACCAGCAUAAUCCAAGAGGGAAACAUUGCAUCAGGAAACUCCUGAUCUGCUCUAGUCCAGGCACUCUCUGAAGUCACUUGCAACCGGGCGAGCUGUCCGUGUACGGAUGACAACAGGGCCGGCGGUGAAGGAUGUUCUCCUCGCUGAAGGCGUACGAGAAUCAGCGGUACGCGUCCCUGAAGAAGAGCUGCCAGCGGCGGAAGCAGCUCUUUGAGGACCCGCUCUNCCCAGCCCCCCAGGACUCCCUCUUCUACAAGUCUCGCAUCCAGGGCAUCCAGUGGAAGCGCCCGAACGAGAUCUGCGACGACCCCUACCUCUUCGUGGAUGGAAUCAGUUCCCAUGACUUGCACCAGGGCCAGGUGGGGAACUGCUGGUUCGUGGCCGCCUGCUCAUCUCUGGCCUCCCGGGAGGCCUUGUGGCAGAAGGUCAUCCCGGACUGGAAGGAGCAGGAGUGGAAUCCCGAGAAGCCCGAGAGCUACGCCGGGAUUUUCCACUUCCAGUUCUGGCGCUUCGGCGAGUGGCUGGAUGUGGUGAUCGACGACCGUCUACCGACGCUUCACAACCAGCUCAUCUAUUGCCACUCCAACUCCAAGAACGAGUUCUGGUGUGCACUGGUGGAAAAGGCCUAUGCCAAGUUGUCGGGCUGUUACGAGGCCCUUGAUGGAGGCAACACAGCCGACGCACUGGUAGAUUUUACAGGUGGCAUCUCGGAGCCCAUCGACCUGACCGAAGGGGACUACAUCAACGAUGAAGCCAAGCGCAACCUCCUCUUCGAGCGUGUGCUCAAGGUGCACAAUCGGGGAGGGCUCAUCAGCUGCUCCAUCAAAGCGACCUCAGCAGCUGACAUGGAAGCUCGCCUGGACUGUGGCCUGGUGAAGGGCCAUGCUUACGCGGUGACGGAUGUGCGGAAGGUGCGUCUGGGCCAUGGCUUGCUGUCCUUCUUCAAAUCGGAGAAGCUGGACAUGAUCCGUAUGAGGAAUCCCUGGGGGGAGCGGGAGUGGACCGGCCCGUGGAGCGAUACCUCUGAAGAGUGGAAAAAAGUGAGCAAAAGCGAGAGGGAGAAGAUGGGGAUGACGGUGGAAGAUGAUGGAGAAUUUUGGAUGACGUUUGAAGAUUUCUGCAGAUACUACACUGACAUCAUCAAGUGCCGGCUCAUAAAUACGUCAUACCUGAGCAUCCACAAGACCUGGGAAGAGUCGGUGCUGCAGGGGGCCUGGACUAGACACGACGACCCCUUGAAGAACCGUAGCGGGGGCUGCAUCAAUCACAAGGACACCUUCCUGCAGAACCCCCAGUACGUGUUUGACGUGAAGAAGGCAGAAGACGAAGUGCUUAUCUCCAUCCAGCAGAAGCCAAAACGGACAAGCCGCAAGGAGGGCAAAGGAGAGAACUUGGCCAUCGGGUUUGAUAUCCAUAAGGUGGAGCUGAACCGGAGCUACCGGAUGCACAUGCUGCAGCAGAAAGUGGCCAGCUCAAUCUUCAUCAACUCCCGGAGCGUGUUCCUGCGGACAGACCUGAAGGAGGGCCGCUACGUCAUCAUCCCAACCACCUUCGACCCCGGCCACGAAGGGGAGUUCCUGCUCAGGAUCUUCACAGAUGUGCCUUCAGACUGCCGAGAGCUGACCUUGGAUGAGCCUCCUCACACCUGCUGGAGCAGAAUGUGUGGCUAUCCACAAAUGGUGUCCCAAAUCCAUGUCCUAGCAGCGGCUGGGCUCAAGAAUCUGGAUUCCCAAGGAGCUGCUGACCCAUACGUGAUCAUUAAAUGCGAAGGUGAAAAAGUUCGAUCUCCAGUGAAGAAAAACACCCUCUCUCCAGAGUUUGACAUUAAAGGGCUCUUCUAUCGCAAGAAGCCAGGACAGCCCGUCAUUGUUCAGAUCUGGAACCACAACCUUCUGAGUGACGAGUUCCUGGGUCAGGUGGCUCUAACAGCUGAUCCCAAUGACGUCCAGUCCAUACACACCUUACAUCUCCAAGACAAGGGCAACAAGCAGUCCAACGACCUUCCAGGAACCAUUGCCGUGAAGCUUGUCAGCAGUAGCAUCCUCACCAAUGUCUAGCUACUCACAGACUCUUCUUCUAGGGCCAUAUAUGUGUAUACAUUAUAUACAGCAUAUAUACUGUCUGCAAGUUGUAUGAACUAUGCAUGCAUCCCAGUUAAAAGGGCCAGUCUUGUGUUUUCAAUGUUUUAAGAAAAAAAAGAAAAGGUGCCUUUUUGGGGAACCAAAACCAUUUUUUUCUUCAGAUGAGGCAUCCUUUGCAGCCCAUACUAAAGAAGUGUGUGCUGGUGUGACAGGGCUGAGCGUGUAAUACAUUCUGUGACAGCCAGAGCGAGAUGCCACAAUGCUGUUUGUUUACAUGGGGGUGUCCCACACACGCACACGCAAGCGGACCUCUUGGUCCUCCCAAGCACUAUGCAUCUUAAGUCAACCUGCUUGGGUUUUAGACAGCCAUAUAGACCGUCAUUUCCACCAGAGUCUCAUUUGCAUCAUGUAUCUGUAGAAACACAUUCAAGAAGUAGAUAACAGUUGACCUGGAAGUUUGUAUGUGUUCUUAGCAUGGGUUUGUACAUUGGCCGUAAGGCAACCAGAUGAAGAAAGUAUCAGGGUAUUUCCACAGUCUUUCUAAAGUCCAGCCAAACUGGUACCGCUUGACAAGACAAAGAUCAUGGAUGUUUCAUCUAGGAUCUGCUGUCUCCACAUGAUCUAUCUUGCCAAGUAUCAACCCGAGUCUUUCACUGAUAACUGUGAGAGUGGGAUAUGGAAAAAGCCAACAUCCAUAGCAAUUUGGACCCCACACAGCACAGAGCAGGUAGCCAACAGUGGCAUACCAAGGUCCAGCAAGAGACUCCAUGUUCAGACAAAGGGGAUACCGAGGCAUCGGUCAUGAAAGCCUGAAGCUAGCAGAGCCGGUGUUUGGAGAGCGUUGCUCAGUAGAGGCCAUCUCAACCACCUGGUACAGGUUUUCAGUGUGUAAUUUGAAUACCCAGCACCUCUAUCCUUCAUAAUUUUUUACAAACUAGACCUAAUUCUUCUCUUAGGUGUUUUUAUACUGGCAUUGUAGCUUCUACCUUGCCACGAAGGAAGGAAGAGGAAAACUGGUCCUAGCACGCCUUGAAAAGACAAGGACAUAAUUCAUUGUAGAGGCUGGUUAUCACUUUUAAUCACCAGUACACUGAUUACUUAUUUGAGAGACCCCUCCUUAUUGGAGCUGGCUCACCUUGAAGUAUUUCACAGAUACUGACAAUUCUGCUGUGUCUCUGGGCCUUGAUCUGCCAUCUGGUUUACCAUGCAAACUAUAUUAAAGUUGUGUCAUUUGUUCCCAUUGGUAGCAGAACUGGACUCUUUUUAGGGGAUCAUUUUUGGGAAGCAAAGCAGUGGAUCCUAGUCUCUUCCUUGAAUGUCUGGCAAAGGCAGGUUUCAAUGCAUUACAGUUUUCUCAAUGUGCCUUUAAUAAUUGUAAGAUGGGAGAAUUUUCCUUUUAAACCUUCUAAGUGGUUAACGAGAACCAAGCCUUUUGCUGUUGGCCACAGGCAACAUAUGGAGAUGAGUAUUGUACUGCUUCAUGGACAGACAUUGAUAACUUUGUUUUAUAAAUUGGUUUAGGACAGCUUUAGAAAUGGUGUUUCACCCCCGGACCAACCUGAGUCGUAUUUCAAUGGGUAAGUAAAGCGGAAUGAGCCCUUUCAUCAGAACAGGCAAUUUUGUGCCUGAAGCACUACAUUUCUGCGUUGAUUUGGCAAGACGGUUUUUCAAGAUGCACAAAGUCCUGCUAAACGGGUGAUUUUCCUACCACGUGGAGUAUGUUUCCUUCAUUCUCAGUUCAACUACAUGUGCUUCAAGAAGCAGCCAAAGUAGCUCAACAGAGGUCUUUAUUAGCGG